AUGGCGGAUCCCGCCCGGGUGACACGUCGGUUGCCGGGUGCCGAGCUCGAACGAAGGCGUCGAGGACUCGUCGAGGCUAUCGAGGUUGUCGAGGUUGCCGAUGAUCCCGACGUGCCACCGGACAAAGGCGAAGGAGAGGUCGGGGUCGAAACGGGCGCCGCCGUCGUCGUCUGCGUCUCCUUUGUUGAGCCCAGGGUCGCACGCGUCGACGUCUCUUCCCCAGUGUCACCGCCCUCCGGUUCGGUCGAAACGACCGACUCGUCGUCGCCGUCGUUCGCGUCGUCCUUGUUGACGGUUACUGCACCUUUUUUUUUUGUAGAAAACGUUCAUCAUAUUGCCCCCAAUUCCUGUUCCCCCUGUUUCGGCCUACGGAAAAACUAG